AUGACUCUUAUAACCAGCCCCAUGCCUCAGACCAUACAGCAGACUCUCAAAAGGACGCUGCAAUAUUAUGAGCAUCAAGUGAUUGGUUAUAGGGAUGCUGAGAAGAACUUCCACAAUAUCGCUAACAGAUGCUCCUAUUCGGACCAUUCCAACAAAGAGGAAGUUGAAGACGUCUCAGGAAUUCUCCAGUGUACCGCGAAUAUACUCGGUUUGAAGUUCGAGGAAAUCCAAGAGAGAUUUGGCGAGGAGUUCUUUAAGAUCUGCUUUGACGAGAACGAGCGCGUCCUUCGCGCGGUGGGCGGCACCUUGCAGGACUUCUUUAAUGGCUUCGAUGCGUUGUUGGAACACAUUAGAACUUCCUUUGGAAAACAAGCCACCAUGGAAUCGCCCUCUUUCCUGUGCAAAGAGCUCCCCGAAGGGACCCUGAUGCUCCACUACUUCCAUCCGCAUCACGUCGUAGGGUUUGCCAUGCUGGGCAUGAUCAAGGCGGCGGGGAAGAAGAUCUACCGUGUGGAUGUGGAAGUGGAGCAGGCUGCCAACGAGAAGCUGUGCUCCGAGGCUUCCAAGCCGGGCAACUGCAGCUGUCUGACUUUCCUCAUCAAGGUGUGUGAAAACACCAACCUCACCAAGAGCCUGCCCCAGGGCACUUCCCGCGAUCCGGGGGACCUCAGAAUUAGCAUCAACACCUUCUGCAGAGCCUUCCCUUUCCACUUGAUGUUUGACCCCAACCUGUCAGUCCUGCAGCUCGGGGAAGGCCUGCGCAAGCAGCUGCGAUGCGACACGCACAAACUGCUCAAGUUUCAGGACUGCUUUGAGAUCGUUUCCCCGAAGAUCGAUGCUACCUUCGAGAGAGUCCUCCUGCGGCUGUCCACUCCGUUCGUGAUCAGGACCAAGCCCGAGGCGUCCAGCACCGACAAUAAAGACAAGGUGAUGGAGAUCAAGGGACAGAUGAUCCACGUCCCAGAAUCAAAUUCCAUUUUGUUUUUGGGCUCACCGUGCGUGGACAAGCUGGAUGAGCUGAUGGGCCGAGGCCUGCACCUUUCAGACAUCCCUAUUCAUGACGCCACCCGAGAUGUCAUCUUGGUUGGCGAGCAAGCGAAAGCUCAAGAUGGCUUGAAGAAGAGGAUGGAUAAAUUGAAGGCCACUUUAGAAAGAACUCACCAGGCCCUGGAAGAAGAGAAGAAGAAGACGGUGGAUCUUCUCUACUCGAUUUUUCCCGGCGACGUAGCCCAGCAGCUGUGGCAGGGACAGCAGGUGCAGGCCCGGAAGUUUGAUGAUGUCACCAUGCUCUUCUCUGACAUCGUUGGUUUCACUGCCAUCUGUGCCCAGUGUACGCCCAUGCAAGUGAUCAGCAUGCUGAACGAACUCUACACCAGAUUUGACCACCAGUGUGGAUUUCUGGAUAUUUACAAGGUGGAGACCAUAGGUGAUGCGUACUGUGUCGCCGCGGGACUCCACAGGAAAAGCCUGUGCCACGCCAAGCCCAUUGCUCUGAUGGCCUUGAAGAUGAUGGAGCUGUCGGAAGAGGUGCUCACUCCCGAUGGAAGACCUAUUCAGAUGAGGAUAGGAAUUCAUUCGGGCUCCGUGCUGGCUGGAGUUGUCGGGGUGAGAAUGCCACGAUACUGCCUGUUUGGAAAUAAUGUGACUCUGGCAAGCAAAUUCGAGUCAGGAAGUCACCCUCGGCGCAUCAAUGUCAGCCCAACCACUUACCAAUUAUUAAAACGAGAAGAAAGUUUCACAUUCAUUCCUCGGUCCCGUGAAGAACUUCCAGAUAACUUUCCCAAGGAAAUCCCUGGGAUCUGCUAUUUCCUGGAGGUAAGGACUGGACCAAAGCCACCGAAACCUUCCCUCUCUUCGUCGAGAAUAAAAAAGGUUUCCUACAACAUCGGCACCAUGUUCCUCCGGGAGACAAGCCUCUGAGACCCGCUCCAAGAUCAAAGACUCCUCCCAAAAGCACAAGCCCACAACCUGGCUCACCACAAGAAGGGUGGAGGGAGAUUAUUUUUUUCUCUUCCAAUGCUUUGUGGAGACAAAGCAGUGGAAUCUCUGUGUCGUGUCAGGCAAUAAUCCUUGGACAGGUGGAGGACCACUGUCAAUAAAUAUAGCUGGAGGGUGGGGUAGGGGAUGAAAUGUGUCCAUUCUAUGAGCAUUUGCGGGGCAUAUAUAUAUAUAUAUAUAUUUUAAUUACAAGUACAAAGGCCCCCCUUUCAAAACUAACCAAUAAAUAGACUCUGUGUUUUCUUGCUUGUCACUCAUGCAGAUACCUUCCCUUGUAUAUUUGUACCACUUUGGAGAGCCAGUUUUGAGUAUGGAUCAUCACGUUAUCUUAGUGAACCUGGUAGAUGAGAAAUCUUUUCUAACUUUGUGUUUCUGAACAGACAACAUUUUCAUACAAUGCACCAUGGCAGUGUGACCAACACAGCGAAAUAUUUGAGGGAUAUUACCUAUUUUUAUACAUACCUCUUCUUCUAGAUAAUUACAUUUCACACAGCAUUAUUCGAUUUUUUUUU